GACGUAUGUAAAGUAUAGCGCGGAUUGGGCUUAUUGAGCCUGCGCUAACAGAAAAAGAGGAGGUUCCCGAAUAGAGUCCUUUAUUUAUUUCUUUGUGUUCAGUGGGGAAAAAUAAUAAGAGCGACAUAUACCUUGGAUACUUUAUUUAUUAUCUUUGUCUGUAAACACAAGAAAACUGGAUAAGAUUACAGUUGCUAUUCGAAGGCCAAAGCCAAGGGGAGGAGGAUGAAGCGGCGCAAUGCGGACUGCAGCAAACGACGGCCGUUAAAACGGAACCGAAUCACCGAGGGUAUAUACGGCAGUACCUUCCUCUACCUGAAGUUCCUGGUGGUGUGGGCACUGGUCCUACUGGCAGACUUUGUACUUGAGUUCAGGUUUGAGUACCUCUGGCCAUUCUGGCUCUUCAUCCGGAGUGUGUACGACUCCUUUAGGUACCAGGGACUGGCCUUCUCAGUAUUCUUUGUAUGUGUGGCGUUUACCUCAGACAUCAUUUGCCUCCUCUUCAUCCCAGUGCAAUGGCUGUUCUUUGCUGCCAGUACUUAUGUGUGGGUGCAGUAUGUUUGGCAUACAGAGAGAGGCGUCUGUCUCCCCACCGUGUCUCUAUGGAUACUUUUUGUGUACAUAGAGGCAGCCAUCAGAUUCAAAGACCUGAAGAACUUCCAUGUGGACUUGUGUCGUCCUUUUGCUGCACACUGCAUUGGCUACCCCGUGGUCACGCUGGGCUUUGGCUUCAAGAGCUACGUUAGUUAUAAAAUGCGCCUGCGGAAGCAGAAGGAGGUGCAGAAAGAGAACGAAUUUUACAUGCAACUGCUACAGCAGGCACUUCCUCCAGAGCAACAGAUGCUUCAGAGGCAAGAGCGAGAAGCAGAAGAAGCAGCAGCAGCAGCUAAAGGAAUAUCUGAAGUGGACACGCCUCCAGUGUCACAGAAUGGCGCUCCAGUCAAUAAAAAGGCAUCGGUGCCUCUACCAGAGCUAGAGUAUAGAGAAAAAGGGAAAGAAGGACGAGGUGGUGGGGAGGUUAAAAAGCAACACAACAGCAUCUUGCCAUCAUCAGUGGACUCUAAACUCCAGGAGAUGGAGUAUAUGGAGAACCAUAUGAACAACAAGAGACUGACCACAGAGCUGGGCAGCACAGAAAACCUGUUGCUUAAAGAGGACAACAAUUCCUCCUGUUCUUCCUCAUCAUCAUCCUCCUCUAAAAAUUAUAAAAAUGCUAGCAGCAAUGCCACUACACUCAAUUCCUCGCCCCGUGGCCAUAGCGCCACCAACGGCAGCGUGCCCUCCUCUGCACCGCCAUCUUCAUCUUCCACAGGGAAGAAUGAGAAGAAGCACAAGUUAGCAGUAGGGAAAGGGACAUCAGGUGGCUCCCACAGGGAUCCCACUGAAAACUGUAUCCCCAACAACCAGCUGAGUAAACCAGAAGCACUUGUUAGAUUGGAGCAGGACAUAAAGAAGUUGAAGGCGGACCUGCAAGCCAGCCGGCAGGUUGAGCAGGACCUACGCAGCCAGAUCGGCUCGCUGGGCAGCGCUGAGCGCUCCAUACGCACUGAGCUGGGCCAGUUGCGCCAGGAAAACGAACUGUUACAAAACAAGCUCCAUAAUGCUGUGCAGGCAAAGCAAAAGGACAAACAGGCUGUGGGCCAACUGGAGAAAAGGCUCAAAGCAGAGCAGGAAGCUCGAGCCACUGCAGAGAAGCAGCUCGCAGAUGAAAAGAAGCGAAAGAAGUUAGAAGAUGCUACAGCAGCUAGAGCAGUAGCACUAGCAGCAGCUUCCAGAGGAGAGUGCACAGAUACGCUUCGGCGUCGGAUCGCUGAAUUAGAAACAGAGUGUAAAAAAUUAACAAUGGACAUCAAGCUGAAAGAGGACCAGAUACGAGAGCUUGAAAUAAAAGUGCAGGAGCUUCAUAAAUAUAAGGAAAAUGAAAAAGACACAGAGGUGCUGAUGUCAGCCUUGUCAGCCAUGCAGGACAAGACGCAGCACUUGGAGAACAGCCUGAGUGCAGAGACCAGAAUCAAACUGGAUCUCUUCUCGGCACUUGGAGAUGCCAAGAGACAGCUGGAGAUUGCACAAGGUCAGAUCCUGCAGAAGGACCAGGAGAUCAAAGACCUGAAGCAGAAGAUAGCAGAAGUGAUGGCCGUCAUGCCCAGCAUCUCUUACACAGCCGACACCAGCAGCAUGACCCCGGUGGCCCCCCACUACUCCUCAAAGUUCAUGGACACCAAUCCCUCCGGCCUGGACCCUAACGCUUCCGUUUACCAGCCUCUCAAAAAGUGAACGCUUCAUCCCGCCCCCUCCCUCUCCUCCAUCCGUCUACCAACGUUUUUACUUUUCAAGCAGGUCCAUCAUCUUGCGGCUGAGAACUUUUUCUUUCUCUCUCUUCUCGCCAGGUCAGAAGGAUGUUGUAUUGUGUGACUGUAUUUGUUGUAGUUAAAACAAAAGACAAAAAAACUUGAAAAUGGACAUCCCAUGUCACAUAGGAAGCCCCAGGGUUUUUUUUUUUAUCUUUUUCUCUUAAGUGUAUAGUGAAACCUCACAGAUUCGGGCGUGUAUCUUCAUCUCAAGGGUGUUGCCCUCCCUUUCCUACCAACACACCAGCCAUAAACCUGCUCUUUGGUCCUCUGGAGAAAAUUUAAGUUGAUUAUUCUUUCUUAAAAUUGGAAAACAGUCCUUCAUAACACAUCUAGAUGUGCAUCCUAAUUUAUUUAACAGAUCGUUAUCCUCCUAAUAUAGUACAACAACAUUUGUACAACCAGAGGAAUGUAUUGCAAAGUUGGCACAGAGUCGCCUAUUUUGUUUAACUUAUUCUUUUAAUCCACAGUCAACAAAAUUCACCCUGAUCUCAGCUGCUUUGGUAUGUGUUGGUUAAUAGUUUUUAAAGCAUUUUCUGUGACUCUAUUUGUUCAUUUUGAUUUUCAUGAGUUUAUUUCAACAAAGCUGUGAAAUACCUUGAGCUGAAAGCAGAAUUUUGGAAUUUAAAACGAAGUAGACCCAAGCCGUUGACCAUGUUCACUGGUGGCAAAUUUGGUUUCUCCCAAACCCAUGCUUGGUUGUAUUUUUGUAAAGGGUUUGUACUGAAAGAGAGCAAUAAAAAAAAGUAUUUGCAAAUGUACAGCCUCUCAGUGCUCUGCAUAGUUAUGAUCACAGUGCCUUGAGUUAAGGACAUGAGAUACCACCCAAACCUUUUGAAUUAGUUGUGAAAAUUAGGCUUAACUGGAAAGUACACGGAUUCCUCUCAGCAGACUGAAAUGGGACAAGAUUGUCUAUUGAUGCUGCUUUCAUAUAUAUUUUUUAUUUUUAAACUUCCUACUAAUAUCUCCACUGAUAACGAAUCUAAUUGAUAUCCAUGUUCAGGGGCAAUUUUGAACCUUGUUCCACACAACAUUUACCUGACAUUGAAUAACUCCUAAAUUCAAAACAGUGUUCACAUUAUUUCAGUGUGUUGACAUGAAGGAAGCCACCGCCCUCUGCAGCUCAUAUGUUCAAAAAGAAGCUCAUUUCUGCUGCUCUUUAACCCUAAAUCCUUUGGUUUAGCUGCUGCCCUGUUUUGUUUUUUUUUUUUAAAGGUGCACUGUGUAAAACAAACUUUGUCUUGAAAGGGAAAACUGUAAAGAUGGAAUGUGCAAUGUACACAAAGCUUUGGAAAUGCCAACUUCAUUGUUUUACAUAAAAUAAUUUAUCUUCCACUUCAGUGUGCCAAGACUGGAAUGCCCGUUUCUCUAGUAAUGUGUUCAAGAAUGUACUGGAAAUACAUUGGCUCACGUUUGUCAGCGAUGCAGUUGAAUAUCAGUUCAAGGAAGUUUCAGUUAGAAGGCGGAGGAAGUAUUCACCUGUUUGUAGUAGACUGUGUAGUUUAAAAAAAAAAAAAGGGAGUAGAAAGUCACAUUUUCUUUUUGUGAAUGGUACAGUAUUUGCAACUUUCUUUGAAAUGGUGGCUGUUUCAAAAGCAGUUCUCCUUACUCCUGUUUCUGGUAUUAUCAUUAUUUUCCUGCAGGAAGAAAAAUCUGCUUGAGCCCGACGUGGUUUCACCAUCACCUCAAAUGGUCGUUGUUGUGUGUGUGGUUUUCACCUACUGUAUAUGGAGAAGCUUUUUUCGCUAAGAUUGCCGUCGUUGGCUUCUUGAAAAUGUUGUGAAAAUGGCAGUUUAGUCAGUUGUUUGGCCAACUGAUUGUUGAAAGUAUAAAGAAGUGUUUUGUUUUUUUUGUUUUCUAUGCCCACAGUCACUGUUGUGUUCUCCCCCAGGUCUGACCUUGGCUACACUCUCGCUCUGUGAGGUUUACAAGGAAUAAAAUGGGUUUUUUUUUCUUCCAA